AUGGAUAAAGACAAGUCCCCGCCUCGCCAUUGGCACGGUAGUCCGGGCGAUCGUUAUGAACACCACAAUGUCUGGGUGCGAGGAGGCGCCGCCUCAAACUAUAGACGACCGUCAACCUCUACUACGGAUGCAUUCGGGUCGACUGAUAGACGGUCCUCCAGUGCAUCAGAAGCAGAUGCCGGUGUUAAUGAAGGUGCACGCAGCCCUCCGUCGUUGGGCGAGCGAAGGAGGUCCAGCGGCCACGGCCCAUCUACUCUAUUCGAGAGCCUGACCAGUCAGAAGCGAAACUCAAACGAUGGCGCCUUUGCCCAGCGCAGACAGAGCUGGAACGAGCAGUCGCACCCUGGAGGCUUCUUUUCCAAGUGGUGGGCUGGAUAUACUGGCGGUAAAUAG